AAGAAUCCAAAACAAAACCAUUGAAAAGUUAUCUCUUUCGUGUUUCUCGAGUCUGAACCUAUUAAUUGUUUUCCAAACAAACUAACUGGCGAUGUUCCUUCACGCCACGCUGUUUUCAGUUGACUUGAAAUCUGAAUAUUCCACAAUAUAUGCUAUUUCCGUUUAUAGUUUCUACUAGUUUAAUUCAUACUUUAGUAUAAAUAUUAAAUGCAAUAGAUUUCGUUGAGAUAUUCAUUAGGGUCUUUGAGUUUCAGAAAAAUGGGUCUUUUUCAAGGGUUAUCACUACUGCUAGGUUUGCUUUUGAAUUUGGUGUUUCACUGUAAUGGAGGUACUACUAGUGUUUUUGUUAGGAAUGUUGAGAAGGCCAUUGAUAUGCCACUUGAUAGCGAUGUUUUUGCUGUUCCCUCUGGUUAUAAUGCUCCCCAACAGGUUCAUAUAACACAAGGUGAUCUUGUGGGCAAAGCGGUGAUCGUUUCAUGGGUGACCGAGGAUGAACCGGGGUCGAAUACAGUGCGUUACUGGCGUGAGAGUAGCAAGCGGAAGAAGCUUGCUAAAGGGAAAAUUGUUACUUAUAGAUUCUUCAAUUAUACAUCUGGUUUUAUUCAUCAUGCUACUAUAAGGAAUUUGGAGUAUGAUACAAAAUAUUACUAUGAGGUUGGACUUGAAAACACAACAAGGAAGUUUUGGUUUACAACUCCUCCGGAAAUUGGUCCUGAUGUUCCAUACACAUUUGGUCUCAUAGGGGAUCUUGGUCAGAGCUAUGAUUCAAACAUGACACUUUCUCAUUAUGAAUUGAACGCGAGAAAAGGGCAAACAGUGUUGUUUGUUGGAGAUCUUUCUUAUGCAGAUAACUACCCAAAUCAUGACAAUGUUAGGUGGGAUACUUGGGGAAGGUUUGCAGAGAGGAGUGUUGCUUAUCAACCGUGGAUAUGGACUGUCGGAAACCAUGAAAUUGAUUUUGCUCCAGAAAUUGGAGAAACAAAACCAUUCAAGCCUUUUUCGCACCGAUACCGUACUCCUUAUAAAGCAUCACAAAGUACUUCACCCUUUUGGUAUUCUAUCAAAAGAGCUUCAGCACACAUCAUUGUCUUGGCCUCAUAUUCAGCAUACGGAAAAUAUACUCCGCAAUACAAAUGGCUUGAGCAGGAGUUACCAAAAGUUAACAGAACAGAAACUCCAUGGUUGAUUGUUCUCAUGCAUUCACCUUGGUAUAAUAGCUACAACUACCAUUAUAUGGAAGGUGAAACAAUGAGAGUCAUGUAUGAGCCAUGGUUUGUUAAGUACAAGGUUGAUGUUGUGUAUGCUGGCCAUGUCCAUGCCUAUGAACGUUCUGAACGUGUCUCGAAUGUUGCAUAUAAUAUUGUAAAUGGUAUUUGCACUCCUAUAAAAGAUGAAUCAGCUCCUGUAUACAUAACAAUUGGAGAUGGAGGGAACCUUGAAGGCUUAGCAACCAACAUGACAGAACCGCAACCAGCUUACUCCGCAUUCAGAGAAGCCAGCUUUGGACAUGCCAUAUUUGAUAUAAAGAACAGAACGCAUGCUCACUAUAGCUGGCACAGGAAUCAAGACGGUGAAAAUGUUGAGGGUGAUUCCCUUUGGUUUUUCAACAGAUUUUGGCAUCCAUUUGAUGAUUCCUCGGCUCAUGUUUCCCAUUAACACGUUGGUUUACUUUUCAGAAGAAAUACUCAAUGUGAAUAAAGUCAUGAUUAUGUAACAAUUGUUUGUGUAUCAUCAUUACCUUUCAUUUUACUUUGUAUCAUUACCGUAUGAUAAAUGCAAAGGAGGAAACAUCAUCUGUUAUGCUUUA